CGCCAAGCGACCGGGAGCUGCUGGAUGGAACUGCUCCCCACAGCCGCCCAGCAAGGGGUAGCCAAGUCUAGCAGCGCGGUUCCCAAGGCAGCCGCGGCCGCCCCCGCCCACCGGCUGGGCCCUCCCAGCAGCCGCCGCUUCGGUUAGCCUCUGCCCAUUGACACAAUAGAGCUUGAUGAGCGGGGCGGCGCGGCCAAUCAGCGGGGCGCGGGGGAGGCCUCCCCUCUCAGCCUCCGGCCCCCGAGGCCAUUGCUAGCAAAAGGGGGGAGCCAGCUGGCGGGGGCUGCGGCACACGGGCACGGGAGCCAGCGCGGUGUCAAGUGCAGCUCAGACGCACCGACCGGGCCGAUUUACAUUUUACCCUUGUCUUCAGCAUGGAGGAACAGAACCACUCUUCUGGAAAGGAGCUUCAGCACCGGACACGAACAGAGUCUCCAGGAAAGAAAACCUGGCAUUCCCAGGCAUAUGCCCUUGGGGCCGUUUCCAACUUUAUGUCUACGUUUCUGACCUUCCCUAUCUAUAAGGUUGUGUUCCGGCAACAGAUCCAUGCUGUGGCGGUGUCAGAGGCUGUGCGACAGCUUUGGCAUGAAGGCCCUCAAUACUUCUACCGGGGAAUAUACCCACCACUUCUCUCCAAGACAUUGCAAGGGACUCUGUUGUUUGGGACUUAUGAUAGCCUCCUGUGUUCUCUCUCUCCUGUUGGGCCACACUCCCUGGGACACCGCUGGGCUGCAGGGCUUAUGUCUGGUGUGGUGGAGGCUGUGGCCUUGAGCCCCUUUGAAAGGGUGCAAAAUGUGCUCCAGGAUGGUCGCAAGCAAGCUCGCUUCCCCAGCACGUUCAGCAUUCUCAAGGAAUUCAACUCUUAUGGGCUUUGGGGGCGGCUGUCACUGGGCUACUAUCGUGGUUUCUGGCCUGUCCUUCUCAGGAACAGCCUGGGGAGUGCUCUGUAUUUUUCCUUCAAGGACCCCAUCCAGGAUGGCUUGGCAGAGCAAGGCCUGCCCCACUGGGUUCCUGCCUUAGUGUCUGGGAGUGUCAAUGGAACAAUCACGUGCCUAGUUCUGUAUCCUCUGAUUGUGCUGGUGGCCAACAUGCAGUCUCAUAUUGGCUGGCAAAGCAUGCCGAGCCUGUGGGCCUCUGCCCAGGAUGUGUGGGACACUCGGGGCCGAAAGGUGUUCCUGAUCUACCGUGGAGGCUCCCUAGUCAUCCUAAGGUCCAGCGUGACAUGGGGCCUCACCACUGCUAUCCAUGACUUCCUGCAGAGGAAGUCUCGUUCCAGGAAAGAGCUGAAAGACUGACGAGCUGCAGAAAGCGUGGCCAUGGCAAGUUUGUUAUCUUAAGCUUUCCCAGGUCAGUCUAAAUAGCUUACAUCUUUGGCUUGGUUCCCUGAUACAACCGUUCUUUAGCAUCUUUGAACUGCCAGUGCAUGGGAGAAGUUACCAACUACCAGCCUUUUGGGCACAGACAAAGCCCAACAGAAAGAAAGCCACUCCAGUCUCUCCACAGAUUCAAUAGCCUCAGACCUAGGAGGCCCUUAAAAAACAUGUAACCUAGAUGAAAUGUCAUUCCUUAAAGGAAUUCCUUGACAAUAAGAGGAAACAUUCAAAGAUGACCUUAGUUAGGCACUGAGUUCUGGGAUCCCUCCAGCUAUCCUUUGGACCAAACUUAGUGGAGGACCAGGGACUCCAAUAUCAAAGAACUAAGCUUGACUCUUAGGAUAUGAAUUCCAUAGAACUUCUCAGAUGGCUACAUUUUCAAGAUAUUGUUUGCUACCCCUACCACCCUUACUCUCACUUCUCAGGGCUGUGGGUUCUAGUUCCAUUCAGGCUGGCAGUUGUGGCUGCAAAUCCUAAAUUAGACUUGCCUCAACUGAUCAGAUGUCACAAGAACUUAUGGGCCUGGAUAUGGGAGUGGGAAGAGAUGUCACUGGAUGAGUGGAAAGAACAGACUUUGAGGGAAGAGAUUUAGUUGCAUGAGAAAAAUUUACUAUCAAUUGCUUGGUGUUAUCUGCCAAGAUAUUUUUGAUAGCAAGGCAAUCACAUUGCCUAGAAACCAUUUGAGUUUGCCUAAGAAAUCUGCACGUGAAAUGUUCAUAUCUCUUCAUAAAUGAUUGUGUAUUUUAUUGCUGGGGAUAAAUGCAGUUACUGUGACAAAAAGAUCAGGAAUCUUAGCCCGCCAUUCAGGGCCAUUCAAAAUACGGUCCCGAUAUAACUUAGAGCAUUUUAUCACACCACUACCACUUACAUAGAUCCCAUUCAACCAGCUAAACUGGACUAUUCUCUUUCCAAACAUGCCUUGAACUUUUGCAUGGCCAUGCUUCGGACCACACUAUUUCUCCACCUACAGUGCCCCUUCCUCACAUGCCAGUCUGCCAAAAUCCUUGCAGUUCCUCAAAGCCUAGCUCAGAUGCCACCUUCUCUAUGGAGACUCUUCUGAUUUCCCACAACUGAAUGUGAUGUUAGUAUCUUGUGAUGCCCCUUUCAAGAACACUUCAUACAUGGCACUGAUUCCAUUAUGUCACUGAUUUCAUGUGGCCCUGUGUUCCUAUUGGUGUUCUUCAAUACCUCCUACUAGACUGUAAAACUCCUUGAAAGCAGGGAUUCUUGUAUGCAUUUUAAAAUCUCCCCUUGUGUCUAGGUGCUCAAUAAUGUUGGCUGAAUUAUUGAAUUGAUUAUCAAGCUGUGAUACGAUCUCUAUCCUCAGGGUGCUGUCCCUUGUACAUGAAAAUAAUGUUAUUGAUCCGUUGUCAGCAAGACACAUGCCUUUGGGGUGUGGUUUUGUUUUCUUUUAUUAGUGGAUUUAGUUUUGUGCUAAUGAUAAUGAUGCUGCUAAUAAUAAUAAUAAUAAAUGACUUUCAACUGGAAAA